GCCAUUGGCUCCCAGAAUUGGACGGGAAAAAAAGGGAAAAAAAGGAAAAAAACAGGGACGACCUCACAACAACAACAACCACGACGACCAGGACGUGGACCCCAAAAGUCCACUUGCACUUUUUGGGCCGACUCGUCUGAUCGCCAACAAGGAAACCGAUGUCACAAUGGCCACAAAUUUCACCAUAUCCGUCAGCGAGUCUGAACCGUCUGAGGAGGUAGAAGAAGGGGACAACACCCAAGGAGCCGCAGAAAAGGAGCCGUGCCUUCGCUCAGGGCUCACCCUCACCUUACCCGAGCUCCGGAUGGCAGCGAUGUCGGGCCGGAUCCGGCUCAACUCGGAGUCCAACGCUUCCACGGUGUCCAGAGACGAGGAGCUCCAGGCCAGGGGCGACGAGGAGGCCGGUACCCCCACCGACGGAGCUCCGUUUCGGGGACGCUCCAAGUCGGCUCCCCCCGCGCUCUGGGCCGCCAAGAAGUACGGGCGGCAGCUGCGGCGGAUGAGCGACGAAUUCGACAGCCUGUUUGACAAAGGGGAGUUGAAGUUAAAGAGUGCUGGCGGCACAUCGCGGCCGAUCCACCACUCCAAAACCUGGUGGAGCUACCUCUUCAGCCACCAGGAGACAGAGGGCGAAAACAACCACCACGACAACCACGCACAUCGUACAGAGUAGGCACCGACUGAGACGGAACUUUCGAGGGACAGGGUUUCCUCCUCCGCCGGACUUUUGGCCUGCAAUGAAGAGACGUAGUGACAUGGACUGAGGCGCGAGCUCAGGUCUCUUUUCUUGAACUACUUUUUCGUGCGAUUGUUCUUUUUUUUUUUUUGCUAUGACGAUAUUGUUGGGAACCUGACAAAACCUGAGCGCGAGGUGUAUUUAAAGGACAUCGUUUUACGCCAACACUAUGCAACCUACUGUAGACGGACAGGGGAGGUGGUUAAAUGUGGGUCCAACCCACGAACCAUUGCCCCGACUCGACUCAACAAUCGCAAACUUCGUACAGCGCCGCGCAAAAAGCUUCAUGUCAUGAUAGUAAAUCUAACGAUCUAACGUUAGUGGCCUGAAACUUUUGCCCGGUGCCGUGAGGAAAGAACAAUCUCGUACACAGACAAUCUCAAUCCAGUCUUUUUUUGUAAAAUGUCAGGGUGACGCAGAGGAAAAUGACUUUGAAAAGCACAACUUGAUAGGAGACGUUUUGAAAGAUUUAUAACGAGACUUUUAACGGUGUAAAUAUUCCUGUGGAGUGGCUGUGGCUUCGUGUGUCGUCAUGUCGUGUUUCACAAUGUGUCUGGCCUUCGACGAUGUCGCGUUUCGUGUCACCGCGAGAGAUUUCCACUUGACCUUAAAAGUGCUGGCGGGGGCUACGCUCCGAUUUUGUCUCGUAUCGUGCGCUCUUCGCAUGACUUAACACUGGAUCCAUACAUGGUUUUAUAUGGCCACUUGGGGGGCGGGGGGAAUAAUUGCCUUGACUUCUAUGUGAUUGUUAAAAUAAGAUAAACGGCGUGUUUGUUCUGUCUUUAAAUGAUUUUAUCGUAGAGUAAAUCAAGACAAUCUAAUUGGCCCAUUCAACCAUGUAUUUCAAUAGCCUCCCAGUUGUGUGAUGAUGAAUAGACUAAAAAUUGAUAUACAGUAUAACACCCCGCCACAAGUUUUUUUUUUUUUUUAUUAUUAUUAUUUUUUUUUUUUUUAAAUGACCGAUGUGACUAUUAUGUACCAAAUGUUGAAACAACUGCUGCCAGGACAACAUUGUGGACCUGCGUUAGGCGUGCGUACACGGUGCCCACACCAUCAAAGGAAUCUCGCUAAAAUGCCUUCAACUUGUUAUGAACGCGACACUGCACGUGUACCGCCUUAAACUUCACGUUGCGCCGUUACGCAUGAUCAUGCUCAAGCCCCACUUUCAAAACAAAAUAAAUACAUACAUAAAUAAAAAGAAACUUGGGCAUGUGCAGUUUUGCAACUCUGUACUACUUGAAUCUGUGUGAAGAAAAAUGUUGGGUUUUUUUUUUAAACGGAGAUUUGUACAUGCAUUUUCUCUACAGCUGUGAAACUUCUCAUCCUUGAUGCUGUCCUGAAUAAAGAGUUUUUGGGACAAAAAACAAAAAAAA